CUUUCGUCGUCCUCUCUCCUCUCUCAGCAGUUACGGCGGCAAUUAGGGUUUUUCUUUUUGUGGGAAUUCGCACUCAGAUUCUUUGAACCCUAAUUGUCGAAAUGUCGACGAUCGUACCUACAUCGGAGGAGGAUCCAGCGCUCGCGGUUGUUCGAUUCACUUCUGAGCUCGCCUGGGCCGAUGCGGGUCCCGAGGUUGCGGAACCUCAGGUGACUAGAGAAUGCAUAGAGGCUCAAGAUUGCAUGUUAAGCCUCAGGUGGUUGGACUUGGCCUCACUCAUGCUUACUUCAGCUGACCUUGUUGUUUCUCGGGUCUCAGACAAAGAUCUGGAAUGCAUAUUUACUGUCAUAUGUAACCUUGUCACAAGAGCUAGCAGUCUAGAUGAAGCACUGGAGAUGGCAAAACUCAUUUCUGCAAAAGUCGCACUGCAACCGAAUGAUAGACCCGCUCUGCGCUUGAAAAUCUUAUUCAAUCUCUACAACCUGUUAGAGAACCCUUACAGCAGGUUCUUUGUUUAUACAAAAGCGCUUGACUUGGCAGCAAAUGGGAAAGUAAUUGAAAAUAUCAUCCCUUCUUUUAAAAAGAUUGACAGUUUGUUACAAGAAUGGAAUAUUGGUAAAGUGGAUCAGAGGGAUCUUUUCCUUACCAUCUCUAACAUUUUGAAGGAUAAUAAAAGCAUGGCCAAAGAUUCUUUUAAUUUCCUGAACAAGUACCUAGCAACAUUUUCAAGUGAGGAUGAGGACUCAUAUGCAACUAAUGAAACUAAAGAGGAAGCAGUGCGGGCUAUUAUAGAGUUUGUGAAGUCUCCAGACAUGUUUCAGUGUGAUCUGCUUGAUUUGCCUGCUGUUGCACAAUUAGAAAAGGAUGAAAAGCAUGCCUUGGUUUAUCAACUAUUAAAGAUCUUCCUCACGGAAAGGCUCGAUGCCUACGUAAAUUUUCAUACUGCAAAUUCCUCAUUACUGAAGGGUUAUGGUCUUGUGCACGAGGAUUGCAUGACAAAGAUGAGGUUAAUAACAUUGGUGGACCUCAGUUCCAACGAUUCUGGUGAAGUUCCAUAUUCUGUGAUCAAAGAAGCUCUUCAGAUCAUGGAAGAUGAGGUUGAAUAUUGGGUUGUCAAAGCGAUAACCUCCAAACUUCUCGACUGUAAGAUGAACCAGAUGAACCAAACUGUUAUCGUGAGCCGGCAUGUGGAUCGAGUGUUUGGCCCAGCACAGUGGCGAGCUCUCCAGUCAAAACUUGGAGUUUGGAGGGCAAAUAUUGCGAAUGCUAUCAGCACCAUCCAAGCUAACAAGAUAACUGAUGAAGGAGUAGCAGGGCCAGGUGUGAAGAUGCGGUGAAUCCUUUCAUAGUCAAGAACAAGUUUGAACUUGUUAUUGUAGCAGACAUGUGAUGUGUUUUGAAACAUUGAUACAAUCAAGAGAAUUCAGCAAAUUUUGUUUUUGACUUGUUAGGUGUACUGAGAUUAUAUAUUCUUCCUUUUGUUUGUGGUACUGUUGUGGCUAUUGAAUUAUACGAUUACUUUGGCUGCCUCAACUGUGGAAUGAUCAUGGUUGCUUAAUUUCAAAAUUGCUUACAUUAGCCUU